AUGGAUAUAGAUGCUGAAAGAGUCAGAAUAUCGAAGGAGAUCAGGGAGUUGGAAAGGAUCCUGGAUCCCGGCUCUUCUAGUAUCAACGUGGACACCUCAGAGUCAAGUCUCGACUCGGAUUCUGAUGCAGAUUCGCUGCCCGAUGAGGACUCGGACACUGCUGGCCCACUGCCCUUGGAAGGAGAAAGGUGGGGGGAGGCCAGCAAUGAUGAGGAUGACCCCAGGGAGAAGGCACUCCCUGAAGACCCAGAGACCUGCCUGCAGCUGAACAUGGUCUACCAGGAGGUCAUCCGGGAGAAGCUGGCGGAGGUCAGCCUGCUGCUGGCCCAGAACCGGGAGCAGCAGGAGGAAGUCAUGUGGGAACUGGUGGGGUGCAAGGGCUCCAGGGUGAAGGACGGCAGGAACCAAACCUCGAGUCUGUACAUGGGGCACUUCAUGAAGCCUUACUUCAAGGACAAGGUCACCGGAGUGGGGCCUCCUGCCAACGAAGACACGCGGGAGAGGGCCGCCCAGGGCAUCAAGGCUUUCGAGGAGCUCCUGGUGACCAAAUGGAAGACCUGGGAAAAGGCCCUGCUCAGAAGGUCAGUGGCGAGCGACCGCCUGCAGCGUCUGCUCCAGCCCAAGCUACUCAAGCUCGAGUAUUUGCAGCAGAAACAGAGCAGCAGCGCGAGCGAGGCGGAGAGGCAGAUCCUGGACAAGCAGGCCAGGGAGGCCGAGAAGGAGGUGCGGGACAUCAAUCAGCUGCCCGAGGAGGCCCUGCUGGGGAACAGGCUGGACGACCACGACUGGGAGAAGAUCUCCAAUGUCAAUUUCGAGGGCAGCCGCGGCGCACAGGAGAUCCGCAGCUUCUGGCAGAACUUCGAGCACCCAGGCAUCAACAAGCAGGAGUGGAGUGCGCGGGAGGUGGGCCAGCUGCAGGCCAUCGCGGCCGCGCACGGCCACCUGCACUGGCAGAGGAUCGCCGACGAGCUAGGGACCUGCCGCAGCGCCUUCCAGUGCCUGCAGAUGUACCAGCAGCACAGCCCGGCCCUGAAGCGCAGGGAGUGGACGGAGGAGGAGGACCGCGUGCUCACCCGGCUGGUGCAGGAGAUGCGCGUCGGCAGCCACAUCCCCUACCGGAGGAUCGUCUACUACAUGGAGGGGAGGGACUCCAUGCAGCUCAUCUACCGCUGGACCAAGAGCCUGGACCCCAGCCUGAAGAAGGGUCUCUGGGCCCCAGAGGAAGACGCGAAGUUGCUUCGGGCAGUUGCCAAGUACGGGGAGCAGGGUUGGUUUAAAAUCCGGGAAGAGGUGCCAGGUAGGAGCGAUGCCCAGUGCCGAGAUCGGUAUCUCAAAAGGUUACAUUUUGGCUUGAAAAAGGGACGAUGGAAUUCCAAAGAAGAGGAAAAGUUAGUUGAAUUAAUAGAAAAAUAUGGUGUCGGUCACUGGGCAAAAAUAGCCUCUGAACUACCCCAUCGGACGGGCUCCCAGUGCCUAAGCAAGUGGAAAAUCAUGCUCAGGGCGGCCGAGUGCAGAGGGAGCUCGGCCUCCGUCCUCAGAGCAGCGGGAGGGUGCUUCCACCCAAAGCAGCAGCGGCGCAGGCGGGGGCGGCGGCCCCCUCGCAAGGUGCAGUGGAGCUCCAGCAGCGGGGACAGCAGCACCGCCAGCAGUGGGGACAGCGGGGACUCAGAGCCAGAGGCCGCGCUGGGGGCCCUGACGGGUGGCCAGGCGCUGCUGCCAGCACAGCAUGUGGUGCCUGACGUGGACCUGUGGGUUCCUGCCCGGCAGAGCGCCAGGGAGCUAUGGGGAGGGGGGCCCAGGAGCUGGCCAGGACCCUGUGGUGCCUGCCCCCGCCCUCCCGAUGGCUCCAACACGGCCCAGGGUGGCCGCUGGGAAGCUUGCACCACGGCCUCAGCCCCAGCAGAGCUGGCAGGCCAGGCGCGGGCCGCCUUCGGGACCCAGAGCACCAGCCGGAGAGGCGUCAGAUGCCCGUGCUCGACAGAUGCUUGCCCCUCGAGCUCCACGGGGCCUGCGCGCCAGGGUGGGGACGUCCACUCGGGGCCCCUGGAGACAGCGCUGCAGGCGCUCAGACCGACGUGGCCACUUGGUGCCAGACGCAGCGCCCCAGGCCGCCAAGACCAUCCCGAUGCCCACCACCCGUCUCGUCUCCCAUCCGCACCCCGCUCCGGCACCCAGCAGGAGUGGAGGAUGGAGUUGAGGCAGCCGCACCUGCGCAGUGCCGCCCCGGGGCCCACCCCUGGUGGCGGUGGUGGCAGUGGCGGGGCCAGGCCCUGCGUGCAGCCGCUGUGGCACAGGACCGGGCAGCGGCGCCAGGGACACGCCCUGCAGAGGAGGCUCCUUGAGCACCAGCUUCUGACGGCCGUGAGCCCAUGGGUGGGCAAGGUCAUCCUGCCACACACUCCCCGGAGGCCUGCCGUGACACACAGUCGAGCUGACGGCAUCAGGAGGCAGCUGCAGGGCGCCCACCUGGCCAGCACCCCCGUGUUCACCCUCUUCAUUCAGUUGUUCCAGAUCGACACAGCUGGCUGCAUGGAGGUCGUGCGGGAGAGGAAGGCCCGGCCGCCCACCCUGUUCCAGGCUGGUGCCCGGGACUCGCCACUCCUGCAGGUACCCUCGAGUGCCCGGAACACCCCAGGCUGCCUCCUCCAGAGCGUGCCGGCCCGAGGAGCUGCAAAGAAGAGCACCUGCCACACGGGGAGCGGAGGGCCGCAGGCCUGCCACGCGGAGUCCACGCCGCGGGCAGCCCCGCCGGCUCCGUCCGGACCCCGGCCCAAGCCCAAGACUGUGUCUCAGCUGCUUCGGGAGAAGCGGCUGCGGGAGGCCCGAGCCAGGAAGGCUGCCCAGGGCCGUGCGGUCCUCCUGCCCCAGGUGCUGGUCUCCUCUCCUGUGGUCUUCCAGCCGCUGGCCCCGCAAGGCCCCCCGGUCUCCAGGGCCGUGCUGUCUGGGCCAGGGGGCCCCGUAGCGGCCGCUUCAAGUGCGUUAGGCUCUUGGGGCUCAGCCGUGGAGGAGAGACCCCUGACGCUGCAAGCCUUUGCCCUCGCUCCAGCCUCCACAGGAGCCCUGAAGGCCCCGGCUGCCCCUGCUGCCUCCAGGGCCCCGGGUCUGGGCCCCGGCCAGGUCCCAGUGAGCUGCCGGCCAAGCAAUCUCGGACAGUCUCAGGCCCCUGCCACGUCCCGGAAGCAGGGCGUGCCCGAGGCACCACCCUUUCUCACUGCAGCGCCCAGCCCUGUUCAGCUGCCUGUCCAGCCCCUCAGCCUGACACCAGCUUUGGGCACACACACGGCAGCCAGCACCCCUCUGCCUGUCACCUGGGUGCUCACACCCCAGGGGCUGCUCUCUGUGCCUGUGAAGGCGAUGGUGGGCCUUCCGAGGCCAACAGGGACUCCUGAGCCCCAAGGGCUGUCGGUGACUCUGCUGCCCUCCCCAACUGCGACUCAGGCAGGCCAGGGCCCCAGGCUCCCUGGGCAGGGCCGCCCUUGGCAGCCCCCAACCAACACGGACACAGAAUCAGACUCUGCCUCCAGGACAGAGCCCUUGACCCUUCCGGCGCACCCCACAUCCCAGAGCCCUGCAGAGGUGGACAUGGCCCAUGGCCCUGGGGGAUGCUCCCCUGGAGAGGCCCAAGUGGCUGGGGGGACGUGUGUACCCAGGACGUCCUCCCAGGCUACGCCCCUGGCUCACGACUCUGAAGCGGAUCCCCCAGGGACCACCUCAGGGCCAGGGGAGCCCAGGAGGCCUUUGGGCCUGGAGGGGCCACCCCCGCCCUGGCCCAGGCCUGAGAAGAGUCCCCUGGACUUGUGCCUCCUCUCCCAGGAGGGCGAGGCAGCUGUGCGGGAGUGGCUGAGGGGGCAGCGGGGGGUGUGUGUGCCCCCACUGGGCAGCAGGCUGUCCUACCAGCCCCCCACGCUGUGCAGCCUGCGGGCACUGUCUGGCCUCCUGCUCCGCAAGAAGGCCUUGGAGCACAGAGCCGCCUCCCUGGUGCCCAGCGGGGCAGCCGGAGCCCUGCAGGCCUCGCUGGGGCGGGUGCGCAAGCAGCUCCGGGACAGCCCGGCCUACCUGCUGCUGCGGGUGCGCUUCCUGGCGGCCUUCGCCCUCCCUGCGCUCCUGGCCACCCUGUCCCCCCGCGGUGUGCCCACCACCCUGUCAGUAGCCAUGAGGUCCAGCCCCGAGAGCGACAGUGAUGACAGCAACCCGGGGCAGCCGGAGCUUGUGGCCGGGCAGCUGGCGGACCCAGCCAGCGGUCUGCAGGUGGCCGCCACGCCUGUUCAGGGAACGCCACACCCCGGACAGGCCUCUGCCCUCUCCUGCCCGGACGGUCCUGAUGAGCUUGACGUGCUCCAGACACGGCGCGCCCGGCAUGCCCGGAAGCGGAGGAAGCUGGAACCCUCCAGGCCGGUUCAGGAUCCCCCAGAACACGGCUCACCCAGGGGGCUGGGGGCCUGCCCACGCCUGGAGGGUCGUGCCUGGAGGGUGACCUCGGACCUCCUGGAGGCCUACGGGGAGGCCCGGCCACUCAGCAGCGCCUGGCGGUGCCAGGAUUCCUGGGGUUUAGCCUACUGA